AUGCCGGUCCUGUCCAAGCCGUCCCAGCCCCGUCGCCGUGCACUCGGCGACGACGCCCCGAAACCGGCCAAGCUCGAGUGUGCCCCGGAGCUCCAGCUCGACGACGACCACCCUGCCGCACCUUCGUGCCCUCCCGUCUUCACGCCAACCAACGCCAAUCUCUGGGCCCAAUGCUGGGCGACCGACACCGCAACCCCUCUUGAGCACCACGAUUUCUUCCGCAUCUGCGAGUGCCCGCCCCAGAAAGUGCGCUCUGGCACCCACUCAUCCGAGCACCGCGCCCCUGUCACCUCCCAUGAUGAGCUCAACCAUCUCUCCUCUCGCCCUUACUCCCUCCGGGUCUCCGACCCCGCCGACUUCGCGUCGGCGUGGGAGACGUCCAUCAUCCCGCUGCUCACCGACCUGCUGCAGAAGCUCUGCACGUGCGACUUCGCCGUCGACGUGCACAACUUCCCCGAGAUGUCAAGCGACGCGGUGCCGCGGGUGAUCUACAUCACGCUGUCGGGCGGGAGCGACGCCGACACUUCCGACCUGGAGCAAUCCAUCAGCGCCGAGCUGCGGCGGCUCGUGCCGGACCGGUUCAACCCCGUGUACCUCAAGUUCCGCAGGGGCGUGAUGCGCCGGUCGUGGUGGGGCACGCAGGGCGAACGGGACUUCGUGUGCGAGCCCAAGAACGUGACCUUCCGGGACCGGCCGGUCAUCGGCAUGUCGAUCGGCCCGGUCAAGGUCGAGGACGCGGCGUCGCUGGGCGGGUUCGUCCGGUGCGGCGCCACCCUGUACGCGAUGAGCGCGUUCCACGCAUUUGAGGAUUCGCUAAAGACCUGCCAGCUGCAGGUGUGCCACCCGGCAACGCCCGACCUCGAGCGGAUCGUGCCCCAAGAUCCGCGGGCAAAACCGUACAGCAUCGGGACGCUAGCCAUGUGGUCGGCGCCCGGCACGUUCCGGCCGUCGCUGACUUUCCAGGGCACAAACUUCCCGAGAGAGCUGACCUUGGUGGAGAUGGACUGCUUUCGCAUGGAUCGCGCCUUUGCUGUGGAGCAUGCGGCCGCAGUCGAAGGCAACACGGAGGUGUACGCCCUGGCCCGAACCAGCGGCUAUUCGCUCGGCUUCACAUCCGAUGUUCCGGGCCUGCAGAGAAUCAGCGGCCAGUUGAGGAGGGAAUGGACCGUGCGACAGUACGCACCUUUUGCACCUACGAAGGAUGGCCACGUCGAUCCGCCCUGGCAGACGCUCAAGCAGUGGGUGACAAGCGGCAUCGGCGUCCCGGGCGACUCCGGGGCGUGGCUGAUCCGGCGGUCCGACAACGCUCUGAUGGGCCUCAUCUGGGGACGAAACCACGAUCAGGGCGAUCCCAUCGAGCGCGUCCGCCUCACGUAUUUCACCCCGAUCGUCGACGUCCUGGUCGACGUGCAGGAGAAGCUGACGGGCGACGACCGUGCGACUCUCCCUGCGUACUCGGCCGGCGACUUGGCGCGGAAUGUCGACGUCCGCGGUUCGCACGAAGUGGUGCAGCUGGACGUGUCCGGAGACCCGUGGACCACCCACACGCGGGACGCAAUUCGCCAGCAUCGCCAGAAUCAAGCGGACCUGAUCCGCGGGCGCUUUCCGGGCCACGAGCCCCCGGUCCCAGAGCUAGAGAUCGAGGAAGACGAAGAGGCCGAGGAAGCUCCGCCAGCAGAUGAUCGACAGACAGCGCGUCCGUCAACUGCUGCGUCUUCGGUAAACUCCGUCCUUGCGGCAAGUGCGCCCACGACCCCGCCACGGAGCGCUAGUAGCGGUUCCAUGGCCGGGUUGGACGCCGAUGCCCAGCUCUUGCUGGGAAUGCAGCUUACCCCGGCCUCUGACCAGUCGAUGCCAGGGCUCUCGAGCUCAUCUUCAAUCAACUCUGGAUGGAGCACGGCAGACGAGACUUCCGAGGUGGCGUCUGCAGGCGUCCGGGUCGUCGGCGAGGACGCUGAGAUCGCGGAUGUUGAGGAGCCUAUCCGGGUCAAGGCUUCUUUCACCCCGAGAUACCCGGGGCUUCUGGCGCUCAAUCAUGCGCCCCUGCCCUUAUGA